AUGUCGAAACAAAAAAAGUCAAAACUUAUUCAUACUGAAAACCAAGAAAAAAAUGUGCCACUCAUAAACACCAACUCUUUUGUCUCAGUUCCACCCGAGAUAUUUAUCGACGUCUGCAAAUAUUUGCCACCAAUUGAUCUUCUUUCGCUUGCACAAGUAUGUCGUUUAUUCAACGCGUACUUAGCAUCUGAUGAAUCAACAUCUACUCAACUUAUUUGGCGUCAAUCACGCUUUAACUUUCUCCCCUGCUAUUCUGUUCCGCCGCCUGAUAAUUUUUCGGAACGAGAAUAUCUGAGAUUGAUUGUCGAAAAAGGUUGUCAGAGAUGUGAAAAUCGCCGCGUAAAUUCUUAUUGGAUUAAUUGGAGUUUCUUGGCGAGAUGUUGUUGUCGUUGUUUCAAUACGAAUCUUUGCCUCAAAGAAACAUUGGAACAAGAUUACAAUAUUCCACAUAAAGUUAUCGAAGUUUUGCCAACACGUUCAACACGUGAUAUUUCUAUAUAUUUUAAGCCUAUUGCAAAGAAAAUCUACAGACAAUACCUCGAACUCUCCGAUGAAAAGGACAAACUCCUAUUUCUCGAGCGACAAAGGAAAAUACGCUCCCAAUUAGAAACAACUCAAUCCCUUCGCAGCGCAAACGAAAUAUCGCACAAGAACUCAAUGGCUCUAAACGCGCUGAGACAACGAGAAAUUCGUCGCGAGGCAAUCAAACAACGCGUCUCUGCCAUGAUUAAUGAACAGAAGGAAGACGGAAGUUUGAAGUGGAACGCAAAAUCGUGCAUGGCGGUUGUUGAAAAGAAAACUUGA